CCACAUCAGCCGGCUGGGAGACUGCUGCCUCAUCUACCGUUAGCUUUUGUUACACUUUCUCGCGGUUGUAUCGACAGUUUGCACUUUUUAAGAUUUUUUAUUAGAUUUUUCGUGAUUUUUUUUGGCCUCUUAUUUGCCUCUCGCUGAGAAUGGCUGACCCCAAAUACGCAAACCUACCAGGAAUUGCUUUUAACGAGCCGGACGUGUACGAGACCGGAGACCUCCCAGAGGAUGACCAGGCUCAAUUUGAGUCGUUUGUACAAGAAGAGCUCUGCAGCGACAGUGUGGAGAGGAUUGUGGUCAACCCUAAUGCAGCCUAUGACAAGUUCAAAGACAAGCAUGUCACCACCAAGGGACUUGACUUCUCAGACAGAAUCAGUAAAAGCAGAAGAGUGGGCUAUGAAUCUGGAGAAUUUGAAAUUCUUGGAGAGGGCUGUGGAGUGAAGGAGACACCCCAGCAGAAGUACCAGCGCUUGGUCAAUGAGAUUCAGGAACUCAUUCAGGAGGUGGAUACUAUCCAGACUGCCACAAAGGAAAGCAAUGCAGAGGAACGCCUGACCCCAGUGGUGCUCGCCAAGCAGGCGGCUCAACUCAAACAGCAGCUGGUUUCUGCUCAUCUUGAUUCUCUGCUGGGACCGCAGGCGCACAUCAACCUGGCCGACCCAGAUGGAGCACUGGCCAGGCGUCUGCUCACCCAGUUGGAGGCGGCCAAGGGCAGCCGCAGCAGCGGAGACACCAAACAGACAGCAUCAGCUAAGGGCCCAGAUGGAGUGGUGCUGUAUGAGCUGCACAGCCGACCGGAGCAGGAGAAAUUCAACGAGUCUGCCAAGAUGGCAGAACUAGAGAAGCGUCUCGCUGAGCUGGAGAUAGCUGUUGGCUCAGGAUCAGACAAGCAGGGGCCUCUGAGUGCUGGUGUACAAGGAGCCAGUUUGAUGGACACUAUUGAGCUACUGCAGGCGAGGGUCAGUGCGCUGGACUCUUCUACUCUGGAUCAAGUAGAAGCUAGACUGCAGAGUGUCCUUGGAAAGAUGAAUGAGAUUGCUAAACAUAAGGCAGCCAUUGAGGAUGCUGAUACACAAAACAAGGUGUCGCAGCUCUAUGACACUGUGCAGAAGUGGGAUGCUGUGUCCACUUCCAUCCCUCAGGUGGUUCAGAGACUUGUUGCUGUCAAGGAGCUGCAUGAGCAAGCCAUGCAGUUUGGCCAGCUGCUGACCCACCUGGACACCACUCAGCAGAUGAUCAACAACUCUCUGAAGGAUAAUAACACCCUGCUAACACAGGUCCAGCAGACGAUGAAGGAAAACCUGGUGGCUAUAGAAGAAAACUUUGCUGCACUAGAUCAGAGGAUGAAGAAAGUCUCCAAAUAAGCAGCCUAAGAGUUUUGGACCGGUCCAGGAGAGUGAAGAGAACAUGGACAAAUAAGAGUUGGCUGGAGAGCGCUCUUGCUUUCUACUUUGCCUCUGCCUUUUUUUUUUCACUAAGUGGAAUGUUAAAAGUGGGAAAAGAUGGAAAACUAAAAGAAGAGACCAAAAUGUUCGUGUCCACACUCUUUCCUUCUUCCUUUUUCUUGCAUCAAAUUGAUAUCAACUGAAAACACUUUUGUCCACUCUACUCAUGCCACUGAAUGCAGUCCCCCUGGUAAGCUCUUUGACUUUUAGACUGGAUUGUUUUUAUAAAAUAUUAGUAUUAAAGGUAAGACAUUUCUCCAAUCCUAUGAAACCUCACACUAUCACUGGAUUUGUACUGUCAGCUUUGGUGAAGGUAGAUGGAUCACAGUAAUGUUGGGUUAAAGGAUGAGACUGUAAAAAGAAUUUAAAAGGAUCUAUUGUCUUCUAGUGUAGCAGGAGCACUUCUGUGCAGGUGUCAGGGCCAGGUGUCAGAAGGAAAGCAUGUAAAUAUGCCUGUGUACCUUAUCGUUUCUUCACGCUCAGUCGCUUGUAACUAUAUUAUUAUGACUGAGAACGGACUCCACAGACAAACUUUUAAUGUGCUCUAUCAUUGCCUACAAGUCAACUGUAAUGUACAUCCGUGGUCAUGGAAACCAAUCAAUAAAACAAAGUGCGAUAAAA